AUGAAGUUCCGUGGAGGCUGGCUCGGUACCAAGACCGCCGCCGAGCGCGACGGUGCUGCCGUCACCUCCGGCAUCGAUGCCACGACCCAGCCUGUCGCCGCUGCCGAGGGCGGCGUCGUCACGUACGGCGACGAGAAGUCACCGAGCGGUCACCCCAAGACCGGGGAGCACGCCAGUGACAGCGAUGCCGAGAGCGAGAGGUCGCUCCAGUACGGUGUCCAGGUCGCCGAGGCCACCCUCCAGGUCUGGUCGCGCAACCACCUGAUUGCGGCCUACAUACUAGCCAUCGUGGACGCUAAUUCUCUCGCCUCUCCCGCAUGCAGCAUCUGGUGCGUCAACUUCAUCCAGGCCUUCACCUCGGGUGUCAGCAGCACUCUGGCCGUCUACGUCACCAGCUCCUUCGCCGCGCACUCCCUCACCGCCACCACGAGCAUCGUCUCCAGCCUGCUCGCCGGCCUCAUCAAGCUUCCCUACGCCAAGGUCCUCGACAUCUUCGGCCGCCCCAUCGGCUUCUUAUUCUCCUUCUCGUGCCUGACCCUCGGACUCAUCAUGAUGGCCGCCUGCAAGAACGUCUACACCUACGCCGCCGCUCAGUGCUUCUACUCGGUCGGAUACAACUGCAUCGACUUCACCAUCACCAUCUUCAUCGCCGACACCUCCAAGCUCAGGAACCGAGCCUGGUGGAUUGCCUACUCCAGCAGCCCCUGGCUCAUCACCACCUGGGUGUACGGCCCGGCCUGCGACAGCAUGCUGAAGGGUAUGGGCUGGCGCUGGGGCCUGGGUAUCUGGGCCAUCAUCUUCCCCGUCGUGUGCGCCCCCCUCUGGGUUCUCCUGUACUGGAACCAGCGCAAGGCUGAGAAGGCCGGUCUGGUCCACGUGCCCGCCCACGGCCGCGGCAUCCUCGCCAACGUCUACUACUACCUGGUCGAGUUUGACGUCGUCGGCAUCCUCCUCCUCGCUGCCGGUCUCGCCCUGUUCCUCCUGUCCUUCAGCAUCGAGCCCAACAUGGGCCACGGGUGGGACUCCCCCAUCAUCAUCUGCUUCCUCGUCUUCGGCCCGCUCCUCGUCGUCGCCUUCGUCCUCUGGGAGCUCUACGCCGCGCCCGUCACCUUCUUCCCGUGGUACCUCCUCAAGAACCGCACGAUCCUGUUCACCUACACCAUGGUCGGCUCCCUCUACAUGCCGUGGUACAUCUGGGACUCGUACUUCUACAGUCUGAACAUCGUCGUCUUCAACCAGAGCGUCACCAACGCCACCUACAUCAACAACAUCUACACCAUCGGCUCCACCGUCUGUGCUCUCAUGAUGGGCAUCGUCCUCCGCUACUACGGCCGCCUCAAGUGGCUCGCCGUCUUCUUCGGUGUCCCCCUUACCAUCCUCGGUGUCUCCCUGAUGAUCCACUUCCGUCACCCCAACAUGGAAGUCAGCUACAUCGUCAUGUGCCAGAUCUUCGUCGCCUUUGGCGGUGGCUGCCUCGUCAUCUGUGAGCAGAUGACCGUCAUGGCCGUCUCCAAGCACCAGGGAAUUACUGCCGGUCUCGCCGUCGAGGGUCUCGUCGCCAGCGUUGCCGGCUCCAUCGGAUCUGCCAUCGCCGGUGCCAUGUGGCAGAACCUGUUCCCCAAGUAUCUCCUCCAGAAUCUUCCCCAGUCCUCCCAGGCCGACUUCGCCACCAUCUACGGAGAUAUCACCGUCCAGUCCUCGUACCCUGUCGGCAGCCCCACCAGGGAUGCCAUCAACAAGAGUUACGGACAGGCCCAGAAGCUUAUGCUCAUCACCGCCACCUGCCUCUAUUCCAUCACCUGGGGUAGCACCCUGAUGUGGGAGGACAUCGACGUCAAGAGCAUGAAGCCGCGCGCUGGCUUGGUCAUGAUGUAA